GCGAUGAGAAGCGAUGAGAAGCCAUGAAGGAAGCCGUGUUUCUGGCUAUCAGUCUCUCACUACUGGUGAGAGAGAUGCGUACACAAACCACUUGCUUCUCGCGGACGUCGUGUGCGCAUGGUUGGCUGCUUGUCCGCAGAUCUGUGGCAUCCUCUGCUACGUGUGGUUGGCCCAUUUUCGAUGCCGAAUGCGGCGAAAGGUGCGGUGGCACCCGUCGGAGUGUGCAUGAGAUGCCGUUUCCAUUUGGCGGUUUGGCUAUUUGUGUGUGCGCCGACCGCAGCACCGUCGGCCGCGGCAUUACUCCGAUGACACCGACGUGGUGGAGCUUGAGCGGGACUUCACCUCCGCAUACACACUCGACAGCCAUCCUGUAGCACACACAUGCACAACCACAGACGAUACGGAGCGAACGAAACACAUAUGGUGGAACAAACUCAUUUGUGUGCGUGUGUGUGUCUUGUUGGCUGUCAGGUUGGCCCAUCCGGCGUCAAGCUGCCGUGGUUCAUGCCUGUGUUCCUCUCCCAGUGGUUGGCAGAUCAUGGCGGCUACGCGUACGGCCCUGUGGCGACUUUGGAUGAGUCAGAUGGGAGUGAGAGUGACGACGGUCAAGGGGAUGGCGGAGGGGCUGACGGGAGGACGUAUGGCGCCUUGUGACGGCAUAUAUAGCUAGAUGUGGUGGGCUGGGUGUGUAGGUAGGGUAGUGGUCGGUGUGGUUCGAUGCUCUGCUCGCUGCUGCGCUGUGAUAUGAGAUGAAAUCAGCAGGGAGGGAGGGAGGGGAGGUUUUAUGUGUAGGUGUGUGCAGCCGAAUGAAUCAUCUAUCCAUCCUCUUUCUUUCUCUACUACAGACAGCCUGGUGUACAUACAGACAAACACACCGUCCCGUCCCGCUGGUGAGUACAUGUAGCCGUCAAUGCAUUACAAGUGUCUUACAUUUGUGGUGUGUCAUGUGCUGCAUGGUUGGAAUGAGCGUGUGACUCCGCAGGGCCGACCGACCGCUCCACUCAUUCGUUUCUCUCUCUCUCUGAAUGCAUCCACCACGCACACACGCAGCACACAGGCAGGCCGAACAAAGAAAGCUGAC